AUGGCAGUAUACAAACAAAGAACUUGUAGAAUGGGACUUAAUCAUUUAAGAAAUUUAGCAACUGUUAGACCUGUUAGAUGUUUUUUUGAUCCUAAAAAUGACAUAGCCUUCAAAAAGAUUUUUGGUGUGGAACAAAACAAGCCACUUUUAUUAAGUUUUUUAAAUUCAAUAUUAAGACGAGAAGGUGAUAAUAUGAUUGAAGAAGAUAAAAAGGACGUAAAUACAUUGUUAAAAAUGCAAAACAAAAGACUCAGCUCAUUCAUCCAAAGAUUAGAAUAUUAUACCUCACGUACUUAUUCCGACCAACUUUUUGAAGGUGCAGAUUAUUUAGAACUUAAGCCAGUAAUUCUACUUGCUAUCGCGAAUCAUAAUAUUUUUCCUAAAAAGAUUCAAUGUAUUAGUUAUCAUCACAAUCGUGAAGAGGAAUCAAAUAUAUAUUUUUUACCAAAUCUUUCUGAACAACUCGAAACUCCUGAGGACUAUUGGAUACAUUUAUUAAAGGAAGCCUCUAAUGAAUAUGAACUUCCAAAAGAAGCGCCUAAUGAGAUUCAAGAAGCUUAUGGAGUUCUUGAAAGACAUCGUUGGAGCUUGGCGGAAAUUUCAAGCUAUGAAAAGACCAUGAUGGUAAUUUUAGAUGAUGAAGAUGCAAUUAGAACUGCUAAAGAAGAAGGGAAGGGGGAAGGGAGGGAGGAAACGAAAGAAGAAAUUAGUGAUAAGUGGGCAGAUACAGAGAACCAAGAGAGCUCAGUUAAUACGGAAAUUCCAUUUGAUAUGACAGAGAUCACCACUGAUGAUAUCAAUAUGGAGGAUAUCAUAAUCACCUCUACUCAAAGCAGUGAUAUAGCCGAGAAGACGAUUGGUAUGAACAAAUCUCAAAUUACCACUCUAGCGCUAAAUUUACUCAGCACAAAUAGUCUUAUUCGUUCUACUGGCAUUCAUAUUCCAGAUGAAAUCAUGCAUUUUAUGUAA